UUGGACUUAGCAACUGGACUUCAUCUUGUAUCGCAAAGGWUCAAACUGGUCUAUGUGUGGCUUAUUGGACUACCAGAUUGUCCUAACCUAACCUUCUAUAGGGUAUUCGGGUAUAACAAACUUCGAAUUAAAUUUGUAAUUUGUAGUAGUGCCCUCAUUUUCCACCUGCCAUACAUAAUGAUUUGAAUAACAGAAAACAACUAAGUACAAGUACAUAUGUAUGUAUAUCUCAUUAAUAGUCGGCAUCAUGUUGAACACAUCUCUUACCGCGUAUUAUCACCUUUACCUAUAAUAAACCUAUAUACACAUGCAUAUGUACGUCCCCAUUCAUUAUAUGAUCAUUUAGGCAUAGUUCAUAUUAUAUGUUUAUACAUUGUGAGAAUGAUAUAAGGCACACCUGUUGACAAUGAAUUGAUAAAACUAUCACGCGCUUAAUUGAGAGCUACGCUUACAUCUAGUGGGACAAUCUAUAAAGCUUCACACACACAUGUUAUGAUUAGCCACGAAUUUCAUAAAUAAACAUAUUUCUAGCUAAGCUUCUAAGCUAAGGUUGUUUAUUCUACUUCACUCACAGUAUUUCACAAUCGUACAGCUGCUUACAUGACCAUUUAUCGAUAAAUGUUUGAGUAGACGUCUAUCGAACUGUGGCCGGUAUAAAUGCUGCUGCUAACGCGUGGCAACACUCACUGCUGCUAUCACACAGCUGAAUAGUUGUUAUCAAAAUAUUAUUUGUUUUGWGAAGUCCUAAUUGUAUUAUUGUGCUUUAAGUUCAGCUGUUGAAAUAUCUUCAUUUGAUCUUCAACCACACCGUAUUUGCUUUUUGUUAUCGUCUUUGUUAAUCACUUACGAUUUAUAGGCGUAUACAUAGCUAUUUUWAAACUCAGAAUCCAGUUGGGUUUCAAGUAGUGUGGACGCAUUUGCUCAAAUACAUACAUACACGUUUUGAAAUAAUCAACUUACAUACACUYUACAUUGUAACGAAGAAGUGUUAAUAAUGGCUGAAUUGACGAAUUCAAAAUAUUGCUUUGCAAUUGAUCGCGGUGGCACCUUCACCGACGUAAUUUGCAUAUGUCCAAAUGGAAAAGUGCGUACUUUGAAGUUGUUAUCAGAGGAUCCCAGCCGAUAUAGUGAUGCACCGCGGGAGGGUAUAAGACGCAUACUAAAGGAGCAAACUGGACGUGAUGUAACGGCGGAGGGUCUGGUGGAUACUAGUCAGAUCGGUUGGGUGCGCAUGGGUACAACUGUCGCCACCAAUGCAUUACUAGAGCGGAAAGGUGAUCCUGUGGCGCUUGUGGUGAAUGAGGGCUUCCGCGAUUUGUUGUAUAUUGGUAAUCAAGCGCGUCCAAAAAUAUUCGACCUCAAUAUACGUAAACCGUCCAAUUUAUAUAAAACCGUAGUGGAAAUUAAUUGCCGCAUUGUGCCAGAGCAGGAAAAUCGCUGUCAGUUAGAGCACACUUGGCCGCUGCUUGAAGGCACUUCAGGCGCAAAAUAUUUAGAAAUGCAUCCCGUCAAUGUGGCGACUGUGCGUACAGCACUCCAGCAAGUGCGCGACGAGGGCAUUACGAGCGUGGCGGUGGUGUUGGCUCAUAGCUUUGCGUGCCCCGUACAUGAGCUGCAAGUUGGCGCUAUAGCAGAGGAGCUUGGAUUUACGCACAUCACACUCUCSCAUCAAGCUAUGCCAAUGCGACGCUUAGUAGCGCGCGGUUACACAGCCUGUGCCGAGGCAUAUYUAACACCGCACGUAGAACGUUAUCUCAACAGUUUCAAAUCUGGCUUCGACAAAGAAUUGGCUGGCGUUGAUGUGCUCUUCAUGCAAUCGGAUGGCGGUUUGGUACGCAUGGAGAACUUYCGCGGUGCACGCGCCAUCCUCUCUGGUCCCGCUGGCGGUGUAGUCGGAUACGCAAUGACUGGUGCGCGUGAAACGAACGCGCCACUAAUUGGUUUCGAUAUGGGCGGCACAUCGACCGAUGUCUCACGCUAUGCUGGCACCUAUGAGCAUGUGAUUGAGAGCACAACGGCCGGUGUCACCAUACAAGCGCCACAAUUAGAUAUUAAUACGGUAGCGGCCGGUGGCGGUUCAAUGCUCUUCUUUCGUUCCGGGCUAUUCGUAGUCGGCCCCGAAUCGGCUGGUGCGCAUCCUGGACCAGCGUGUUAUAAAAAAGGUGGUCCACUCACCGUCACAGAUGCGAAUCUGAUAUUGGGUCGUUUAUUGCCGGAAUAUUUUCCGAAAAUUUUCGGUCCCAAAGAAAAUGAAGCGCUCGACUACGCCGUAACCAAAGCGAAAUUCGACGAAAUGCGCACGCUGAUUAAUGAACACCUGAAAAGUGGCGGUGACUCGAAGCCAUUGAGUGUGGAGGAUGUAGCUUUGGGCUUUAUACGCGUCGCCAACGAAGCUAUGUGCCGUCCCAUCAGGGCGCUAACACAAGCGCGUGGCCUAGACACGUCACAACAUGUGUUGGCAUGCUUUGGUGGCGCUGGCGGUCAACACGCCUGCUCCAUUGCGCGUGAGUUGGGCAUAAGCAAGGUGCUUGUGCACAAGUACGCCGGCGUACUUUCUGCCUACGGCAUGGCGUUGGCCGAUGUUGUGCAGGAGACACAAGAACCCUGCGGUCUGGCGUUCUCAGCAGAAAAUGCCGCAUACCUGAAGAUGCGCUUAGACGCAUUGGCCGCACAGUGCGCCAGCAGUUUACAGUCACAAGGUUAUAGCAAAMUCGAAUUGGAGCCAUUCUUACAUUUAAGAUAUGAUGGCACUGAUUGCGCGCUAAUGUGUGCACCAGCCGCCACAACGCGUAAAGAAGACGCAUUGCUUGUUUCUUAUGGUGAUUUCAUUGCCACAUUCCUGCAACGCUAUCGCACUGAGUUCGGUUUCGUGCUGCAAAAUCGUGCAAUUGUUGUCGAUGAUAUACGCGUGCGCGGCUUGGGUAAGAACAAUACGCCACCUGAGUUGGAAAUCAAGCAAGCGGCGGUGGAGACACCAAAGCCAARWGGUUAUACACGUAUUUUCUUUGAGCAAGGCGCACAUGAUUCACCGAUCUACUUAACCGCGAGCUUGUUGGCGGGCAAUAAAAUCAAUGGRCCAGCCAUUUUGAUUGACCAACUGUCCACCAUACUUGUAGAACCCGAUUGUGUGGCAGAAGUGACACAGCACGGCGAUCUGGUGAUAAAUAUUUGCUCCUCUAAUCGCACAGUUGUCGACUGCAAGCUCGACGCCAUACAGCUGAGCAUCUUCAGUCAUCGCUUCAUGAGCAUAGCUGAGCAGAUGGGCAGAGUGCUACAACGCACAUCGAUUUCGACCAACAUCAAGGAGCGUCUCGACUUUUCAUGCGCGCUCUUCGGUCCCGACGGUGGCCUUGUGAGCAAUGCGCCACACAUACCCGUCCACUUGGGCGCCAUGCAGGAGACGGUGCAAUAUCAAUUGCGCGUGCGCGGCGAUAGCUUAAAGAACGGCGACGUUAUAUUGUCCAAUCAUCCACAAGCGGGCGGUUCGCAUCUGCCCGAUUUCACCGUCAUCACGCCGGUAUUCUAUCGCGAGCAACCGAAACCAGUUUUCUUCGUCGCCUCACG